AUGGAUGGAUCAGAGGAUGGCCAUGGAUCAUCGAUCGAGCUGAGGUCAAACAGACACGAGAUGAGCCAAGGCAGGCGGCCGGGGCCGGCAGCUGGAACAGCAGACCAGCCGGCCGCCGGCUCAUCGAUCGGAAAGCUGUCUGCAAAAUACAGUGUGUGCGUGGCCACCGCACCGAUUGGUCCUCCAGACGCGCCCACCCUGCACGCCGCCGCCCGCGCGCAGCCGCCGCUGCACCCCGCGCCCCAACCGCCGCCGACCAAAUCUGCCGCGCGCCGCCGGCCCACACCGCCCCCACCCCCGCCCCUAGCCCGCCCUUCCCCGGCUCCGUGCGCCACCGCCGCCUCGCCGCAUCCCGCACGUACGCAGGACGCCGCCGGCCGAAGGACGUCGCAGGAGCCCAGGACGCCGCAUCGACGCCGCCGGCCGCAGCACAUCGCGUCGCAGGAGCCCGGGACGCCGGCGGCCGCACGGACGCAGGACGCCGCCGGCCGCAGCAGCCCAGGACGCCGGCGGCCGCACGGACGCCGCAGGAGCCCCGGCCGCUGCCCGCACGGACGCCGCACGGACGCUGCGAGGUUCAUAUUCGGUUUCUUUCUUGGUGCCAUUCCCUGGUACAUUGGAGCCCUUCUGUUAUGGUGUUCCAGAGUUGAUUACAGGGAGAAACCAGGCUAUGUCGCAUGCACAGUAGCGGCACAGGACAAAAUGUCGGGCGGAAGGCGACCACGGCGAAAGGUGGUCGCCUCGACCUUCAUGAGGCACGACGACACCGAUGACACCGACGACACGGACCUUCAGCCUCAGGGAGUCCGCAUCAGUCGUGGGGUUCGAACCCGACCCUGGGUUGUCCGGCAGCCCUCCUCCGCGCCCCGGGUACUCGUACCCGUACCAGUCGGCGCCAGGGCAGGCCAUUUGGGCGCCGUGGGAGCUCUCCACACCUUGGGGGGCACUCACCCUGGUCGGCGUGGCCAGAUGGGGGCUCGGGACACGACGGAGGCCACGGCGACGACGGGUCAGAGUCACAGCACUAGGGGUAAGGCGCUAGCGACUUCGAGCAGUGAUAUUCAUGUGGCCUUGUGGUUUAUGUUGGACUUUAUGUUAGAUUUGUCAUAUCUAUGUGGAUUUAUGAUAUCUAUGGACUUCGAUAUGUUUCAUGUGAUAUAUAUGUGGAGUGUGAUAUAGACAUGUGGAUUGUGAUAUA